CUCUCUCUCUCUCUCUCUCUCCCAUUCUCUCUCCUCCCAGCUGUUGCCUCUCCAGUUCCGUCUCUCUCUCUUUCUCUCUCUCUUCCCCCGAUCGCCAUUCCGAUUCCGUCGACGGAGCUGCAGCGAUCUCUGCGGGGGAUUGGCUUCGCCGCAUUGCCCUCCCGUCCGGCGAUUCGCACCGGCGCGCUCCAGCCUCCGAUCUAGAUCGCGCGCGUGAGGGAGAAUGACGGGCGACGUCGACGCGCCCCACGAGGCGUCCGUGGAGGUCGCGUCGGUGAAUGGCAAGAUCGACGAGAAGUGCGGGGCGGACGCGGGAGCGCAGCAGGAUCUGGUGAAGAGCGUCGGCGAUUGCAAUGGCGUGCCGCGCCGCCGUGAGGAGGAGGCGGCGGCGGUCGAUAAUGGAAUCGAGAAUGGCAAUGGGAACGGCGAGGACGAUGCGGAUGGCGCCUAUGUUUUCGUCAAAGGGAGCGAGGCUGUCGGUGAGGAUGUCGGCAAUGGCUUUGCUGGUACCGAUCUGAGGGAAGAGAGCGUGGAGGGUAAGGCGAGUGAUAUUGAUUUGGGGGGCUCGAAAGUUGGUGCUGAAAACGGUAAUUGUGAUGUCGAGCAGGCAGCUGUUAAUAGAGAGAAUGGAGAUAGGGAAGGUAAGUUGGUGAAUCGAGAAAAUGGGGACCGUCAUUUUGACGACCAUACUGUUGUGAACGAGGUUGAAUUAGUGGAACAGGAAGGCAACGAUGCCCAUAUUAAAGAAAACAAUGGGGAGACCGUGGUCGAGACCCAUCCAGGUCAUGGCAAAGUUGUCGACCUGAAUGAUGGUGAGUGUCGUGUUGAGGAUCAUCUUAUGGACAAUGGCUCUGGAAUGGAAGAUUCGCAGGGUGAAUUCAUCAAGAGCACACUGGCUGGCAGUACUUCAGCUCAAGAGCAAAAUUGUGAGGCAGAUACUGUGGAAUCUGCUCAAUUGAAACAGCACAAAGGGGAGUGUCACAUUGAAAAGCAACCUGCGGCGGAGUCCUCUUUAGAGGUAUCAGAUGAAUUCUUGGCCUCAUGUGAUGCGACAGUUGUGGCAUCCAGAGGCAACGCGACAUUUGAAGUCCCACAGGCUGAUGAAGUGGACUCUUCUGGACAAAUGGGCGGAGAUCAGAAGUCCUUAGAGGUGCAGCCCUCUCUAGAGAUUUCAGAAGAACUUUCAGGGUCUUGUGAUGUAAUUGUUGUGGCAUCUGAAUAUGAGAGAGCAUCUGAAGUUCCACAGGCUGACCAAGCGGACUCUUCUGGUCAAGUGGACGAAGAUCAGAAGUCUGAGUUAAAAAUGGAGGAUUCUCGUGAGGUUGAGGUCCUCAAGAUUGAUGACGGGGCUGGUAACGAGGAUGAAAAGGUUAUGGAGGAAAGAAAAUCAUGUCCAGACGUAGAAACAGAACAGAACCAUGAACCCAAGAGAACAUUUGAAGUCCCACAUGCUGACCAGACGGACUCUUCUGGUCAAGUGGAUGAAAAUCAGAAGUCGGAGUUGACAAUUGUGGAUUCUGGUGAGGGUGAGGUCAGCAAGAUUGAUGACGGGGCUGGUAAUGAGGAUGAAAAGGUUAUGGAGGAGAGAAAAUCACGUCCAGACAUAGAUACAGAACAGAUCCAUGAACCUGAGAGAACAUUUGAGGUCCUACAGGCCGACCAGGCAGACUCUUCUGGUCAAGUGGACGAAGAUCAGAAGUCUGAGUUGAAAAUUGAGGAUUCUGGUAAGGGUGAGGUCCUCGAGAUUGAUGACGGGGCUGGUGAGGAGGAUGAAAAGGUUAUGGAGGGCAGAAAAUCAUGUCCAGACAUAGAAACAGAACAGAACCUUGAACCUGAGAGAACAUUUGAAGUACCACAGGCUGACCAGGCAGACUCUUCCGGUCAAGUGGACGAAGAUCAGAAGUCGGAGUUGACAAUCGUGGAUUCUGGUGAGCGUGAGGUCAGCAAGAUUGAUGAUGGGACUGGUAAUGAGGAUGAAAAGGUUGUGGAGGAGAGAAAAUCAUGUCCAGACAUAGAUACGGAACAGAACCAUGAACCUGAGAGAACAUUUGAGGUCCUACAGGACAACCAGGCGGACUCUUCUGGUCAAGUGGACGAAGAUCAGAAGUCUGAGUUGAAAAUUGAGGAUUCUGGUAAGGGUGAGGUCCUCAAGAUUGAUGACGGGGCUGGUGAGGAGGAUGAAAAGGUUAUGGAGGACAGAAAAUCAUGUCCAGACAUAGAAACAGAACAGAACCUUGAACCUGAGAGAACAUUAGAAGUCCCACAGGCAGACCAUGCAGACUCUUCUGGUCAAGUGGACGAAGAUCAGAAGUCAGAGUUGACAAUCGUGGAUUCUGGUGAGCGUGAGGUCAGCAAGAUUGAUGACGGGGCUGGUAACAAGGAUGAAAAUGUUAUGGAGGAGAGAAAAUCAUGUCCAGAUGGAGAUACAGAGCAGAACCAUGAACCCGAGAGAACAUUUGAAGUCCCACAGGCUGACCAGGCGGACUCUUCUGGCCAAGUGGAUGAGGAUCAGAAGUCAGAGUUGACAAUUGUGGAUUCUGGUGAUGAUGAGGUUGGCAAGAUUGAUGACAGAGUUGGUAACAAGGAUGAAAAGGUUAUGGAGGAAAGCAUUUCUUGUCCAGACAUAGAUACAGAGCAGAAUCCUGAACCUCAAGUGAUUUUGACUAAGGACUUUGGUUCAGACAAGGAGAAAUCAUCGACAAAAAUGGGUGAUGAUUUUUCUUCAGAAGCAGCCCCAGAGGACAUUAGCAUGAAAUCUAGUAAGUUUGCUACAGCAGAAUUGAGGGCUGGCCCUUUUUCUGAUGAUACUGGAGAUGUUGAGCCAACUGCCACUGCACCUGAUCCUAUUGCUUCCGAGAAUGCCGAGCAUGAGGCUGUGAUGGACGCCCUUGAUGCCAUUCAAGAGAUAAAUGAAGAGGCUCAUGCCUCAGAGAACACUGAAAUCACCCCUUCCUCAGCCAGUUGUGUCAAUGUACCUGUUCACAUUGAACUUGAAGAAGUGAAUUCUGAAGAAAAGCAGACUGGCAUUCCUCAAUGUGUUAAUGCCGAUUUGGAAGUCAGAGAAGAAAAUGAUUCAACUGUAGUAGAUGUAACGUCAAGUUGUUCUGCUACUAAUUUAAGUGCAAUUACAGAAAUAUGUUUUGGCUCCAUCGGCCAGAAAGAAAUAUCUUCCAUUCCUUUGGACCACAUUAAUGCAGAGCCAAAAGUUUCAAAUUCUCAGUCUGCUGGAAGCCAUCAUACCCAUACUACAGAAUGCCUGUCAAAUGAUACAGCUGAAUAUGAAAGUUUUGCUCCUCAAAAUAGCAAAUCGGGACUAAAGAAUGAGCUGGAUGCUGUAUUGGAUGAGAAGAGAGAAGAUCAAUCCACCAUUGAGAAUGAUAAACCGGCAUUUUCACGACCAGAAGGUGUUGAUGUAGUUGCCCAGAAUGAUGCAGCACCCGCAGAGGUUUCAAGUAUCCCUGCUUCUGAAGAGCAGAAUGUUGGCAGUGAGGUGGAAAAGAAACUAUUUAAUGUUCUCGUAAAGAUUCCCCGAUACGAUGACGAAAAUUCCAAACAACAGAUCAACGAAGCUCAGUUGCAAGUGACCGAGAAGACACAAAGUCGUGAUGCUAUUCAAGCUGAAAUUCAGAUUAUAAAGGCUGCUUGCAAGGAGCACAAUGAGAAAGUUGACGUUGCCUUAUCUCAAGAGAAUGCUGCACGAGAGUUGUCCAAGUCUAAAAGGGACGAAAUAGAUUCUGUUCAAUCUGUUAUUAACAAGGUGAAGAAUGCAAUUACAGUGGGUGACUAUGAUGUGAGGAUACAGAAUAUGGAACAAAAGAUACAGCAUGAAACCCUGCCUUUAAAGGAAGAAAAGCAAUUGGUCCGUGAUAUUAAGCAACUAAAGUGUUCACGAGAGCAGCUUACUAAUAAUAUGGGAGGGCUUGAUGAACUUAAGCUGGCUUUGGAUCAAAGAGAGCAAACUGAGGAGCAACUGAAGUCUCUCAGGAAGGAAGCAGAUUCGCUCAGAGAAAACGUUUCAAAAGCUGAAGCAGUUACGAAAUCUGCUAAGAGAAAAUACUCCGAAGAGAGAGAGAGGCUUCGUGAAUUGCAGGGUCGGUUUAGAGAUGCAGAUAAAAUACGCCAAGAGGCAUAUAUUCAUCUAAAGAAUUUAAGGAAGCAAUCAUAUGAGAAGAACAAGUACUUCUGGAAAUACAAGGAUGAUGUGAAGAUGUCGAUUGAUCUGGCGUCAAAGGGCGAUAGGGAGGCACUCUCUCAGUUCUGUAUUGAUCAAGUGGAGACGUUCAUGGAAUUAUGGAACAGAAGUAAUGAUUUUAGGGAAGAGUAUCUUAGAUGCAAUGCCCCUAGAACGUUAAGGAGACUUGGCACAGCUGAUGGUCGUUCCCUUGGACCUGAUGAGGCGAUGCCUGCCAUUCCUCUAAAUCAAACAGCAGUUAAAGAUAAGUCCAUGCCUGCUCUUCCAAGUAUAGAGCGAGAAAAGGUAACCGUUGUUGUGGAAGCUAGACCGGCAGCUGACGAUAAGUUACCCGUGAAAGAGGUGGAGCAAAAGAAACAGAAAGCCAAGAAUAAAAGUUCUGCAAAACCUGUUACCCAGGUGGAGGACUUGGUAGCAAUUUCAAGCAGAGAUGUGGUCGACGUGGAAAUCGAAGAGCCCAAGCUAUCAAAGGAGGAAGAGGAAUUGGCGAAGAAGGCGGAAGAAUUGAGGAAGGCGGAAGAGGCUGCCAUUUUAAUGGAGCAACGGCGAUUGGAGGAAAAGGCCAAAGCUAAGGAGGCUCUGGAGAGGAAGAAACGAAUUGCUGAAAGAGCCCAAGCAAGAGCUGCUUUGAAGGCGCAGAAGGAAGCUGAGCAGAAGGAGAAGGAAAGGGAGAAGAAGGCAAAGAAAAAGGAAAGGAAGAAGGCUGGAGGCGCCAUUGCGAUGCCUUCAGAUGCUGGCAUUGAAGGAGAAACCGCUUCGUCCUCGGAAGUGACUGCCGAGGCUUUAGCAGAUUUUGAUGCUAAAGACAAGCCUGCAGCAACGGUGAAGAGACCUCAAAAACCGUUGCAUUUCGUAAAACAGACCAAAGUAAAGCCCAUCCCUCCCCCUCUUCGCAACCGAGGCAAGAGAAAGAUGCAGCCCUGGAUGUGGGCCGUCCUUUCUGUGGUGCUUGUCUUUGCCCUAUUUUUGGUGAGCAAUGGCUGGAAUCUCUUCUAAUCGGGGAUCGGUAGUUUGGUUUUACGAACGUGCAUCUGGACUUCGGCUUACAUGUGGUUUCAUCAGGUAUUUUAUAGGUAUGAUAUACACAGGUGAUUCUUUUAUAUAUUCAGGGAGGGUUUUGAGCUAAAUUCGUGUUCUUUUUUAUUAUAAAGAGGCUUUUUGGCCUUCACAUACGGCAAAUAGAUUGGUUGGUCUGUUUCUCUUGUUAGUAUUUAUUACUAUAAGCAGAUAUUAAAAGGAACAGAAAGUGUUUGCUUCUAUUUGUUAUGAUUCUGAGCUAAUAAUUCUGGUGCC